GUUGAAGCUGAGCCUGUGUUGAAGUAACCAUUCUUUUUUUCUUCUUUGUCAUUAAAGAUUAUUUGUACAUUACAAAUAUAAUUCAAGCUUUUUAAAGAGACCUUAUUAUUGAGGCACACCAGUCAUGCUGAACAUUGCGCCUUAUAUUGCUAAAUAUGUAAGAUCCUUACAUGCUCGGCAAGAGCAAUUACAAAUCCCUUACAGUCAGUCACAAUUUGGUGUUGUGCUCAUGGUGGAUGUUGUGGGUAUGUCAUGUAUCGAGAUUUCUUAAUUAUUUUAUGCUCAUAUAUUAUCUACAGGUUUUAGUGCACUAACAACAAUGGCAGCCGAGAAAGGCGAUUCUGGAGCCGAGGCGAUUGCGCUUGAAAUCGGAUCAUACAUGGGUGAAUGUAUUCAAAUCAUUGAACAUUUUGGGGGCGAUGUGGUCAAGUUUCUGGGUGAUGCAGUAUUAGUUAGUUUUCAGGCCAACUCGUUUGAGGACGAAAGUGAAGUAUAUCUAGAGGAUAACACGCACGAAAAAAUGGCAAGGCAAAAGAAUUUAUUGGUCCGUAAAGCAGUUGAAUGUGGAUUACAACUACUGGCCAGAUUAUCUCAUUAUCGUGUUUAUUUAACAGCAGAAGAACGCACCAAACAUAAAUCAUCAGAAACAGGUGAAAUCGAUCGUCGAGUUAAACCAGACAGAAAUCAAAGAUUUUAUUUAUUUGACGGAGGCGGAAACGGAUCCACAAAUAGUCAAAGAUCUUCUACGUCUCGAGAUAGUCUACCGCUAGGCUCAUGCGAUAAUCUAGAUCCAUCUUACGCAGAAGAAUACUCGACUUCUUUUAAUUUAUGGAAUUGUAUACCCAAAAUGUUUGGAAAAGGAAGAAAGAAUAAAGUUUAUGCAACCAGAAGAGCAAGUGACACAAGUGAUACCAUUAAAGAAACUAUAGAUUCAAUCGAUUUAGAGUUACACAUAGCAUUAUCGUGUGGAGAUGUCACCAAUGUAAUUUUAGGCGACAUGAAUAAUACUGCAUCCGCUCCCAUUUCACCGACAACAGCUAAAAGACAACAACGAUUUUCAUAUGUCAGCUCAAACGGAACGGAAGAUGUUGAUUAUAACGUCGAAUAUACCGGGAGAUUAGAGUACGCUAUUUGUGGUCCUGCCGUCGAAUCCCUGGAGGAUGCGUUAAAUGCAGCAAAAGCUGGUGAAAUGAGUAUCACGCCGGAAGCUUACGAUCUCUUUCAAAAUCAGGCCAUGAUGAGUUUAUCCUUUGAGAAGCGUAAACAAUUUUAUGUGGUCACGAGUUCGGAUUUUAGUAAUCAACGGAAAAGCCUUCGUCCCAUGCACCAGAAAGGCUCACCCUCACCUAAUGCAAGCUAUCUCGCUAAUCGUCCUGGUCUGAUGACUCGAGCUGCUACCCUUAAUAUCGAACCUUUAAUACCUCGUACCAGAGAUACAUCCUAUCUGGAACUCACAACAGAUCCAAACCCUCACUAUUUCAAAUAUAUCAAUCGUAGCGCUCUUAAUCGACUAAAGCAUAGCCCAGACGAUAAUUUUCCCGCCCAGUUUAGAGAUGCUACCAUCAUGUUUAUCAGUCUAGGUAAACUAAAUGUGGCUACACCAGAAGGUAUACAAAUUGCACAGCGAGCUUCUAUGGCAACCAUACAAGCCCUUGUGAAAUAUGAAGGAGUACUUCAGCAAUUUGCAGUGGAUGAUAAAGGCGCAACAUUGCUAGCAGUAUUUGGACUUCCACCUCUUUCACAUGAACGAGAAGCGGUAUUUGCCGCAAAGGCAGCAAUUGAUCUCCGAGAGACAUUUGAAGGAUUUCUGGAAGAUUUUUCAAUUUCUUUAUCGACAGGCAUCAUUUUUAAUGCUGUACUCCCACAAGGGAAUCCUUAUCGACGAGAUCCAGCGAUUGCGGGAGAUACAAUUAUCAUGGCAGUGCGUAUGUUGAAAUUUCCGUUUUCAAAAAAGAACAUUGUAUGUGAUUUUGCCACCAAGCAGCAAAUCGGAAGAGCGUGUGAUUUUGAGGAUUACGGCGAGAACUUUGUGAAGGGUAAAAUGAAGCCUAUUCCACUGUAUGGAAUUAUUCGAUUUGCGACAUUAAAGACCAAACGUAUUUCAACCCAGAGUCAGGAAAAGAACUCAGAUUUUAUUGGGUAUCGGUCAGAGAUGGGUACAGCGACAGAUUUUUGCGAUGAAUGGGGGGAGUCUCCUAAUAACCACCUGUUGGUGAUCUCGGGACCUUCCGGUGUCGGUAAAAGCUUCUUUUGUCAUGCACUAAGUCGAACCAUUAGCUCACAUGGCACCAUUUGUUGCUGGUCUUCGUCCACAGAAGUUGAGAAAAGUUCGAAAUAUUAUCUGGUAAAAAACAUUUUAUUGGCCUUAUUUGAAAUCAUUGAUUCGGAACAAGUGCCUCAAAACCCUAAAAGAAGAGUACCUUAUUUGACUGGAUCGGGUGGUAUUCAAUUAAAUGAUUCGAUAAAUUCUCAUGCAGCACCAGGUGAUUUUUCUACGGCUUCUUCAACAUCAUCCGUUGUUCCUUCGCCCACUACAGUAAAAGAUGCGGCGAUAAAUACAAUGACUAUGGGCAUUACUCGCAGAUUGACCAACUAUUCAUCCGUAUCAAGGUCCUCUAUUGGGGAUACAGGUGACCCUAUUUCAGAAGGUUCAAAUGAACUGGCAGACCUUAUCACGCGAUGUCUCCGAAUUUGCGGAGAGGAAGAUGGCUUUCUCCCUUUAUUCAAGGUCGUCUUUAAUAACCUAUCAGAGAUUGAAGAUAAUCGAUACACACACCGUCUGGAUGGCCGUGGUCGCGAUAUUUUACUUACUGGUCUCAUCACACGUAUGAUACGAUACGUAACAGAACAUGUCGGUCUUGUGUUUUUCUCGGACGAUGUUCAAUGGGCGGAUUCUGCCUCGAUUCGAUUAUUGCAACAUAUUCAUGAACACUGUCAACGUGCCAUGUUGAUAUUAGCAACACGACCAGUCAAAGAUUAUAACGUGGCAUUUAUAAAUAACUUUCGAGCCACGGGUUAUUCAGAGGAAAUUGAGUUGAACGGAUUAGGGGCUGCAGAAAUUGGCGAGAUCAUUUUACAGACCUUUCAAGCCGUGGGUGUGAAAAGUGUGAGCCCUGAAAUUGUGCGUGUAAUCCAAAAGCGGACAGCAGGCAAUCCUCUUUAUGUCAAAAAUAUGGCAAUUGUACUCAAGGAUUUCAACCAUGUGACAGUAGUAGAUCGUGUCUUAGUCCCCAGUAACAACCAGUUUGAUUUGGAAGAUUUGUUGGGCAACUUUGAUUACAAACGAAUUAUCAAGAUGCAAUUUGAUCGUUUGGAAGGUAGUUUUCAAGAGUUCCUAACCGUAGCAAGCUGCCUGGAUCAAUACUUUACUAUCAAGGAAGUACAAAGUGUGAUUAAAGGAAAUAACAUGGACUUUAAAAAUGCCAGCGACAUCAUGGUACGUGAAAAAAUUGAGAGGUAUGAUGUCUAUCACUUUAUUCAGAAGAUAGACGAUAACAUCUUGGAAUCGGAUGGUCAACUCUAUACAUUUGCACAUAUCACAAUUCCACAAAGUAUCUAUGAUAUGGUGUCUUACGAAACUCGAAUUCUUCUUCAUCGGUUAUUAGCAAAGCAUUACGAAGGUCAGCUUACGCGUGAGAAUUACACUGACUUAUUAGGCAAGGUCACCCGUCAUUACCUUCAAACAGACUGGUUGGACAAGCAACUUUAUUACUUGGAAGCGCUCGCUGAUCUUAACAUGAAGUCUUACCUGUUACCAGAAGCCACAGCCAGUUUGGAGCGCAUUGUCAAAAUCCUCGACGAAAACCAAGACUUGGCAGCCUUGUUUGGUCGUAUUCAUCGCAGUGAUAUCUACCGUCGACUCGGUAUGUGUUUUACGAUGCGUACCAAAUUGAACGAGGGAGAACAUUUCUUGUUCAAGGCAUUGGAUUGUUUAGGAGAACCUUGGCCACAAAGCGAGCCGGAAUUCUUUUACAAGUUUUGGGUAAAUCGACUUGCACAAUACCGACAUCGCAAGAUCCGUGUGCUUCGGAAAUUUGACAAGGAUUUGAAGCGAGAUAUAGGAAAACGUGUGGUAGAGAUUAUGGCUCAACUUUCAAACAUUUACUUCUAUACGGGUAAAGGACGUGCGUUUGUCUAUACCUGUCUUGUGGGUCUGAAUGCAUGUGAAAGAUUGAACGAGGUCGGACCUAAUUAUACCCUCUUUUUGGCUCGAAAUUCCUUAUUGAGUUGGCUCAACGACGAAAAGGAACAAAGUAUAUUCUAUAUCACAAAAGCGUUACGUUACAUGGAUGAAAAGAAUGAUGCGGAUACACUGACUAUUUGCUCCCACUUGUGUUUUGCUGCAGGCAAGUUUAAGAAUGCACGCGAUUUGCUGUACCAGUCAAUCGAUGCAGUCAAAACCUUAGGUGUGAUCACGGAUUGUCAAGCGUUUUAUCGGUCGGUAGGACUUGUUAUUACCAUGCGGAUUUUUGAAGGUACAUUGGAUAAUUCGCCUGAUGAUCUACUGCUGUUAAAACAAAUGGCAGAUACUGCGCAUACAAAUUGUGAUUUUGAGGCAGAGAUCUGGCUAGGUGUAUACAAUAUUGGAAAUGCCUUGAUUAUGGAUCGCUUGCGUGAGUGUGAACCCUUUGUAGCUUUACUAGAGAAUCAUCUGAAACAACAGCCUGCCGAUUAUAACAGGAUUGCCAUCUAUGGUACCUUGAUCUGUUACUAUGCUCGAACUAAAAAUUAUGAAAACGCAAGGAAGCAUACCAAAAGUCUAGUUGCUAUCCUUCCAUUAUUAACAGUAACACCAAAUAUAUUCCCCAUCUUUGGCCUGAUAUUCGCUACGAUGGGUAUGUAUUGUAUGGUAGAAGAUGCAGAGGUAGAUCUUGUUUCUACAGGAGAUUCGAAAAACUAUGAACGAUUUAUUCUUGGGGUGUCUCGUAUCAAUCAUGCUUUCCAACAAGUGAAAUUCUGGGAGUUUACCCAACCGUGCUUAUACCUGGCUAGAGCAUUACCGUAUAUCAGCACAAAAAGAACUGUGGAAGGCUUCAUGGUACUACAACAUGGCGUGCUUGAAAUGCGAUUUAUCCAAGAAAUCAAAUUUCUGAAAGCAUUUUAUUGGGCUAACCUAGGUAAAUAUGCAUUUACACCCACUGACAGAAUUGAAUGGACCGAACGUGCCGCUCAUGAUCUGGAAGAGUUGCAUAUCCCUUCGCAUGUCUAUUGUAAUCCAGACCCUGCCAACUUGUACUCUCGUAAUACUCCCGCUGAUCUUACUGCUUAAUUAAUUCCCCAUACAUUCCUUUUCAUUGUAUCUAAUUCCUUUCUACUACUAGCAUCCCUCUUAAUAAUAAAAAAUCUCACAUCCUUUCCUUUCCCCUCGCGUGGUGUAUUUAGCCUUUGUCGGAGUA